GCGCGGUGCGCUCGAGCGCGAGUCGGCAAAGGACGCGUUCCACCUCGAGUCCGUCUGGGAGCUGCUCUCCCAACUCAAGGACACGCAGAUGGAGCAGGCGACGCAGAGCAGGCCGCAGGACGGAGGGCGCACCACGCAGCUGGCGGCGCUCGAGGCUGCCUUCGCGCCGCACGUGCCGCUCGUCCGAGCCGCGCGCGCCCGGCUCACGCGCGACCACGAGGCGGCGGACCCGGGGACGGUGGUGUCGGUGGCCGUCUUCUUCAAGACGGCGGGCGAGCUCGCGCUGCUCGCGCAGGACUACGCCUUCGGCGCGGAGCUGCUGCACGAGGCGCUGCGCACCUUCGCGCUCGUGCAGGGCUUCGACUGCUCCUCGCUCGUCGAGGGCUGCCACUCCCUCCUUCAGAUUGCAGACGCGAACCGCGGCUAGGUCGGUGUUCGGCUGUUCGCAGGAGCGGGACGAGGGGGGGGAGGGAUAGGGACCUCGGACCAACUCGAGUAGUCUUCAAUCAUCACAGGACAGGAUUGUUUCUGAGAUCAGGGAUGACGAGAGUUGUUUCUCCCUUGCGAGUUGUCUUGGAGCUAUCGAAAUGUAAGGUGGAAGAAGGUGAAGUAAC